UAUUAAUCUUCAUGAUCACAGCAAAAGGGUUCAGAAACAACCAAAUAAACGACUAAAAGACCCUAAACAUGUAAUAGCAGAUUUAUCAGCAAAAAAUAGCGAAUGAAAAACUUCGCUUAUACAUAUCUCAAGUAACAGCACAGGUCGACUGAAGCACUACCUUGAAACUUGAUUACUAGAUGUUGAGGGCGGUCAGUUCAUCAUUCUGCGCUACUAUGACGAGAACUGAGGGUCAGGGCGAACGAGCCUUGACUGCAGUGAAGGAUACACUCGACGACAUCAAAAGCCGUCCUCACCGCCAGCAGGUUAUUAUAGGUGUAGGAUCAGGACUACUUGCAGGUUAUAUAUUCGCGAAAAUCGGCAGGGUUGCUGCUCUUUUUUUGGGUGGAAGUCUGAUUGCCUUACAAUGCGCCGUCCAACAAGACGUUAUACGUAUCAAUUGGAGAAAAGUGGAACAUGCUGGUCACCAAAUACAGUCAAACACACCUGUCAUCUUCGAAGACAAGCGUGCGUCGAAAAAUAAAAUUAUUAAAACAAUUGAAGAGAAUCGUGUAUUUUUCGGUUCGUUCGGUGGGGGGUUCCUAAUUGCUAUUUCAUUUGCUUAGUUUAAUCUCUAUCGACUUUUUUUGAAAACGUUUCCAUCUGUGUUGUCAGGCUUCAUUUGUUUGUAUUUAAUAAUCUAAGUUUGUUUGUCAAAUAUUGCUAUAUCAACACGUAUCUUUGUGUCUGUAAAUAAAGUACAUAUUCUCCAGCCGUCUCUCUCUCUCUCUCUCUCUCUCUCUCUCUCU